AGCCUCGGCGUUGUCCUCUACGUUAUAGUUUGUGGCUCACUCCCUUUCGAUGGAAGAACAUUACAAGCGUUAAAAAACGUCGUUAUUGAAGGAAAAUUCCGAAUACCUUACUUCAUGACUGAAGAAUGCGAACAUUUAAUUCGUCACAUGUUAGUGGUCGACCCCGAAAAGCGAUUAACAAUAUCCCAAAUCGAAAAGCACCCUUGGUUAAUGGACUCCCCGAUCGUUGACACCGGCCCCGAAUGGGAAGCGCAACAACAAAUCAACCUAACCGUAAUCGAUCAUAUGAUGCAAUUACCCGGAUUAUCCCAAGGAAUGAUUUUAUCAUCGCUUCGAGCGAACUCUUUCGAUCAUAUUUACGCUAUUUAUAAUUUAUUGGUAGAUAAAUUGCAUCAACGGACGAUUAAGUUUCAAAAAAAUUCUCAACCGCAUCAAAAAUUGUUAAACGCGAAUAACAAAAUUAACGAACGGAGUGAGUCGUUUAACGAGGAAUUAGUAACGAAUUUAAUCGGCGAGAUAAAUAGUAAAUCUAGUGAGAUUUCGCGGUUUUCCGAUCACCAACAGAAUCAGCAACAACCGUUGAAUUACCGUCGAGAGAGUUUUAACGAAAAUUGUUUACGCUCGGUUCGCGAUGAAGUUAAGGAACGUAGGAAGUCGUUGAAUGAGCCCCCGGAUGAAGUGGGGAGUCCCUUCGUGUCGAUGCCCGCCGUGUACUUCGUGGGGGAAAACCAAGAAAAUCAACCUUUAGAGAAAUUCGGCGAGAUGGAUUUAGAUCAACCCGAUGAAUCUCAUUCGUUAACCGUGCCAACGACGGGGUAUGGAAGCUUCUUAUCAGGUUCUGGAGAUCGAUAUUUAACAGUGAGGAGACACACAGUUGGUCCUGGAGAUACCGCGCAUGAACAGGUGUUGGAAAAUCAUUAUUUAGUGACACCUCAAGAUGUGGGGGUAACUGGAGGGAGGAUUUUACCACACACUAAUCUUCCAUUGCAUCUCCCCCUUUUGGGGCAACAAAAUCCGCAUUAUUUUAGCGCGAAGGAUCCGCAUUUAUUAAAACCACCGACGGUUAUGAAUGCUGCUGGAGGUUUUGGACGAAGAGCUUCAGACAAGCUCAAACUAUUAGUGCCUGUCUAUUUUUAUCACAGAACUGUGAUAACAGCUGGCAUAAAUUUAAUCACAAAUACUAGACUCAAAAUGANGAGGAGACACACAGUUGGUCCUGGAGAUACCGCGCAUGAACAGGUGUUGGAAAAUCAUUAUUUAGUGACACCUCAAGAUGUGGGGGUAACUGGAGGGAGGAUUUUACCACACACUAAUCUUCCAUUGCAUCUCCCCCUUUUGGGGCAACAAAAUCCGCAUUAUUUUAGCGCGAAGGAUCCGCAUUUAUUAAAACCACCGACGGUUAUGAAUGCUGCUGGAGGUUUUGGACGAAGAGCUUCAG